AUGGAGGUGGUCGUGGAGGGCCAGACAAUCACCGAAGAAGAGUAUCUAAGCGGGAGCUGGACCACGUUGGAGGCGCAGCGCUGGUGCGCGCGCCAACAGCCCCGAGCUGAUACAGACAGGAAGCAGACCGGGAGCGCCACUGCCGACUCCGAGCAUCGAACUGCAAGUUCAAGUACUAUUCUCAAGUACAGCAAGCAUAACAACAACAGCAAGAACAGCACAGGGACCAAGGGCACGACCGUCGUCAUCGGUCAACAACAAGGCGGUGACCAGGAGAACACAACCCGCAUCACCUCGGCUACCCAGCCGAACUCGCAGAGCACGGGUUACAGGGACGCGGUACGAGGCACUCCACUGACGGAGGCGUCGCAAGCCCGUCAAGAAAACGCAACUGUGCUGCAGCAGGCUCCAUCAGGCUCCAGAGAGCACUCGUCCAGCAGAGGAAGGGCUGCAGCACAUGGUCACUACACCAGCCAUGGCCACGGGACCAGCCAAGGCCAAGGGACUACCCGAUCGGACCCUGGCGGAGAAGUCAGCGAAAUGCUCCUCCAGGACGCCGAAGAGUUCACGACCGACGCGCUCGCCGAAGAGGAUGGCCCCAGACCUGACGCUAAGCUGAUCACGCUUUUGGAAAACCAGCAAACUCUCCAAGCGGAAUGGCUGAAGCGCAAACAUGACCGUCAACUUAAACUAGCCCUGGCUCAAGCUGAAACGGAAGUACAAAAAUACUCUCAAGAGUUACGUUCGGCUCAGUGGAUGCAGCUGUGCAACAGGCUAAACGGUCAGCUCGGCUCGAAGAACCCCUGGUUCUUGUUUCGUCAUUUGCUGGAUCCCGACAACAGCAAAGGGGCAACUGCCAAAAAGGUCAGCCAGCUUCUCCGGAUGCAUCCGGCGUCGGAUCAAGAGAUCAUACAAGAGCUCACUAGCCGCUAUUUUAAUACGGAAACAGAUGAUCUUGCGUACGCAGAAUACAGUGGCGAAGCAAAUGAGAACAUAGAUGCUGAUAUCACCGAGGCUGAGAAUCUACCCAAAGAACUUGACAAGAUCUCGCUCAUCCGCCAUGCCAUCUACGCGGACGAUGUGACUAUUUGGACAAGGCAAGGCAAUGCCGAAGCCGUCAGAGGAGCACUGCAAGAAGCGGCCAACACUGUACAAGCCUAUGUGGACGGCAAUGGACUAAAAUGCUCCUCCGCCAAGUCAGAACUGUUUAUUGCUGGCAAAACAACACCGGCAGUCAGAAGUGCACUACAGAUCAUAGUCAACAGAGAAGUAGUACCCCAGGUCCAGACCAUCAGGGUAUUGGGACUCUUCCUAGAAGAGAAGAACAGUUGCAAAGAAACAUUGAAAAGACUGGAAAGCACAUCUCGCCAGGUCACGGGCCUGCUGCGACGCAUUACUGGCCGCAAGUUCGGACUCAAAGAGAAAGAAGCAUGCCUGACCCUGGUCCUCUUGUGGGACCUGGCGUGCGGGGCCUCGCAGGUCUUCCUGAAUGGAUCCACGCGCCUCCUGUUGAACGACUCGCAGCCCAUGCUGAGUACGAUCACCAGCCUGACCUUCCGAACGUGUAGCAAUGGAACGAUACUGCGGCAGAGCUUCGGCAACGACUCCAUCUCGGUGGCCGUCCUCUCGAACGGCCCGCUUGAGCUCAGCUGGUUCGUCAACGGGCUCAAGGAUUCCGUCGUGGUGGGUGCCAAUGUGACGGACAAUCAGCUGCACUGGGUGUCCAUACGCCCCAUGUAUGGCCUCGUGUGGCUGCACGUUGGCGAACAUGAGCCGGUGCUCAUGGCCAGUGACGCCAUCAGGCCCUACCUGCUCUCUGUGGCGUCGCAAGCUGCUGUGUCGACGGUGGUGGCACCUUUUGGGUUUCGUGGCUGCCUAUCCGGAGGUGCCAACCUCAUCCUGGAGACUGCACACGCUGUCGGAAGCCCGGCGUGGGGCUCUUGCCCUCUGCCAGAUGGGCAGCAUUGCAAAGACCACCGGAGGGACCCAUGCUUUGACUACCACUGCCAACAUGGUGGCUUGUGUGUACUGCAACAGGGAGUGCCCAAGUGUAACUGCACAGCCAGAUACAGUGGCGAGCAUUGUGAAAAAGAUGAGGGACCUCUAUGUGACCGUGACCCGUGGAAGAAGAAGCCAUGUGUCAACGGUGGUGUCUGUGUGGAGGACUGGCGGGGUAAUAGCACUCGUUGCCUGUGCCGUGGGCCGUGGAGUGGCAGCGCAUGCCAAGAGCCUGCACCUGAUGCCCAGUGUGAUCAGCCAGCCAAAGGGUGCAGGAAUGGGGGCAGCUGCGUGACUGGCAGUGCCCAGAGUCGCACCUUCUGCCAGUGCCCGCCAGGGUAUGCUGGCAUCUACUGUGAGCAGCAUGUUGGCGAGUGCCAGCUGGGCUUGUGCCACCACGGUGGUGUCUGCACCGAAGGCCCUGUUGGGCCCCUCUGCAACUGCCAGAACACUGGCUAUCGUGGUCCCUUGUGUGACGAGGACGUCGAUGAAUGUGCGGAGGAGAGCGUCUGCUUGAAUGGUGGCAGCUGUGUCAACCAGCCAGGAAGCUUCGAGUGCGUCUGCCCGCCGGGAUUUGGGGGACCCCACUGUGAGCAGGCUGUGGGCCCCUGCAAGGACAACUCUCCUGCAUGCACAACGGCACCUGCCAAGAGGUUGACGGGGGCCUUAGCGGCAACUCCACCUUCACCUGCCUCUGUAGUGGCCUCCACUCGGGGCGCCACUGCGAGCGCAUGUCUGGAGCAACACGCCGCCGAGGUCAUUGCAAAUUCUUUCCGGCACAGCGGCUUUGUCAGCCCUGACAACUCAGAUGCUUCUCCGGAGGCCACUCCAGAGGAUACCCGCGAGCCCACUGGAAAUAUGGACGACGAAGAGGUGCCGCUCGGACCAGGGGGGGCUGUGUGCCUCUGUCUGCCAGGGUACUCGGGCGAUCUGUGUGAGCUGAAGGAUGACCUGUGCGUCAGCAGCCCAUGCCUUAACGGAGGAACCUGCCUUGGCUUGGUGAACGACUUUGUCUGCAAGUGUGAAAGGGGCUGGACAGGAAAGCGGUGUGACCGACAGCAUGAUCCCUGCCGUGGAGCCAAUCCCUGUCUGCAUGGUACCUGCCACACCCUCUUGGGAGGCCGCUUCCACUGCCAGUGUCUGCCGGGGUACUCGGGUGAGCUGUGCGAGAGGAGGAACGUUUGUACGGCUGACUGUAUCAAUGGAACCUCGCUGUGCCAUGAACAGGGUUGGCAGUGCGACUGCCAAUACGAUGGAGAGACAUGUGGAAGGGAUGCAGUCGUGUCGGCUGCUCCCGGUCCCUGCAGUUCACGGCCAUGUGCAAACAAUGCCACCUGCCGCCUCAGUGAACUGGAGCCCCUGGGCUUUGUGUGUGCCUGCCCUCUGGGGCUGGGGGCA